UCUCCGGCCUUUAAUCUAUCAGUUCAGUUCCUUGUUUUUGUUUGUUCAUCGUCGAUUAGGAGACUGUAAAUGAGACCGCCGGAGCCUCCUCCUGCUCCUCCUGGGCCGCUUGGGGGGCUCUGCGGCGCACUCUGCUCCGCCGUUUCUUCUUGUUUAUAUGUUGUCUGUUGCUGCUGGUUGAUACAAGAUUGUUUCAAUCCUCCUGCAACAUCACCACCACCUGCACCAGAGCCUGAUCCUGCUCCACCACCACCUCCACCUCCAGCUCCGCCGCAGCCGCCACCGCCACCACCUCCCGCUCCAGCUCCGCCACCUCCUUCACCACCACCGCCGGCUCCAGGUCCUCCUCCUCCUCCACCUGCGCCUUUCGAUGCUCCGCCGCCGCCGCCAAGUCCUGGUCCAUUCGGCCCCCCGGGGCCUCCAGGGGGACCACCAGGCCCACCUGGACCUCCCGGUGGCCCACCAGGACCACCGCGGCCUUAUUAACCGAGGAACACUCGCCUAAUUUUGUUGAGAAAUUCUUGGGCCCAUUCAGGGGGUGUGUUGUGAAGGGGUUUGAAUUUGUUGUGCGUAUAUCCUAUACAUCGAAGACUUGUGUAGGAAGUAAGUGUUCGACGGAUGAUUUGACUGGAUUUGAUGGUAA